UUCUUUUCCAUACACUGCUUCCUGAGCACAGUAUCAAAUAAAAUAUUCUUAGAGGCUCAGAAAAGAUUCAAACAGCUGUCCGGCACAAGUUCUUUACAUCGCCUGCUCCAUCCACCCUUCUCCCAUCCUGAUCUCUGCUGCAGCUGGUGCCCAGCAUAAGUGGCGCCUGAACAGGAUACCUGAAACAUGACAUUGUUCCCAUUGUUGUUGGUCCUGGCUGCUGUAUUGGCCCCAUCCAUUCUUCAAGAACACUGUAAGGAUACGAAUUUUGAGGAUUUGAUAACCUCUAAAGAGUCAGUCCAAGAAGAGAUUGUAAACAAGCACAACCAACUGAGAAGAAUGGUUUCUCCACAGGGUAGUGACUUACUAAAGAUGCAAUGGAGCUAUGGUUCCCAAGAUAAUGCACAGAUUUGGGCAAGCCAGUGCAGUUACCAACACAGUCCUGCAGAUUCCAGGACCACCAACAUAAGAUGUGGUGAGAAUAUCUUCAUGUCAAGUUAUCCAGCAUCAUGGUCUCAUGUAAUCCAAAGCUGGUUUGAUGAAGGCAAAUAUUUCAACUUUGAUUCAGGCCCAAAUCCACCUGAUGCAAUAGUUGGAAAUUAUACUCAGGUUGUUUGGAAUUCAUCUUUCCAAGUGGCAUGUGGAGUUGCUAAGUGUUCUCACCAAUUAUUGCCAUUCUUAUAUGUUUGUCACUAUUGUCCUCUUGGUAAUAUUGAAAGAUGGCAAUACAUCCCUUACACAAUAGGGAAACCGUGUGCCCUUUGUCCUGAUCACUGUGAAGAUGGACUCUGCACAAAUAGUUGUGAAUAUGAAGACAAGUUUUCUAUCUGUGCAGAAUUGACGGCUGCACUAACCUGUGACUAUCCAAUGGUUAGACAAGUGUGCAAAGCUACAUGUAACUGUAAACGCAAAAUUCAUUAAAUUUCCAGUACAAAUGAACAGGGCCAUGUGAAGAAAGAGCACCUCCUCUACUUGGGCUGGUCACAUUCCACUAGAAAAUCUGAGGUAUAGAUACAUUGAAAUGAUUCCAAACAGUAAAUAUUCCUUUCUUCUGUAUUGUUCUAUUUAGUAGAAAUAUUUUACAUCCAAAGAUUUUGAAAUAACAUAAUCAAUAAUACCUUUGUACUUUAACCUCUGAAUUCUGUGACACAUUUAUGGAGUUAAGUCAAGCCCAAGUCUGUGUGACUAAGGUCACUGAAACUCCAUCCUGGAAAAAAGAAUCAGGUUCCCAGAGCACAAAAGAGUGAAGGAACAGCCUAUACUUGAACUGUAACUGUCAGUCAUCUUUCCUAGCUCUGCCUAGCUAUUAUAUCUGAAAACAAAUCCCCAUUAGCUUUCUUUGAUUUCUUUCCACCAUUUGCUCUUCUUCACAUUCGCUGGAAUUAGUGGUUCAAAUUCUAAACUUCAAUUUACAUUUUAGUUGUUGAGUUUUUCAAGCACCUUAUAAAAAUGAAAUGUAAUGAACAGAAUUUGCAUAUUCAGGUGCCUGUGUUGACCUUGAUUGUUUGAAGAAAUUUAAAUAAAUCUUACUAUUUGCAUAUUA